ACCAUUUGUCGGAAACUUCAAGGAUUUUGUUUUAAUGAAAAACAGUCCAGGAGAAUUCGUAAUGUCGUUUUACAAAAAAACGCAAGAACCAAUUCUUGGUAUUUUUGUGUUUCACAGACCUUCUUUAUUCAUACGAGAUCCAUCUUGGAUCAAAUCAAUUUUGGUCAAGGAUUUCAACAUGUUCCAAGAUCGUGUCUCUUCAACUGAUGGCCACACUGAUGCUCUAGGAUCAAGAAAUUUAUUCAGAAUUAAAAAUCCUUUAUGGAAAGAAAUGCGAGUAAAAUUGACGCCUAUUUUUUCAACCGCAAAAAUGAAAAGUAUGUUUCCAUUAAUAACACAAAUAGGAGAAGAAUUUAACGAGUUUAUAAAUACAACAUUAAAAAAUAGAAAUAUAGACAAUAUGCGGGAUUUGUGUGCAAAGUAUACGACAGAUGUAAUAACUUCUUGUGCUUUUGGAAUUCAAGCUAAUUCGUUUAAAAAUCCAGAUGCUGAAUUUCGCACCGUGGGGAAAAGGAUUUUUGCCGCUGAAUAUAAGCGUGCGAUAGAAAUUAGUGCAUUUUUCUUUUUUCCAGAAGUAGUAAGCAUUCUUGGAUUUAAGUUGUUUGAGAAAUAUGGCACAAAAUUUUUGCGUCAAUCGUUUAACGAAGUGUUGGGCGAACGCAUAAAGUCUGGUACAUCUAGACAUGAUCUGGUUGAUAUGCUAAUAGAUCUUAAAAAUAAUGAAGCAGCAUCUGGUUCACUAAAAUUUGAAGGUGAUACAUUAGUAGCUCAGGCAGCUGUAUUUUUUGCGGCAGGUUACGAAGCAUCAUCAGGUGCAAUGUCAUUCACAUUGUAUGAAAUAGCUUUGCAGCCUAAAAUUCAACAUCGACUACGGGCGGAAAUUUUAGAAAAAAUUAAUGAACAUGGCGGUAUAACAUAUGAAGCUAUAAAAGAAAUGAAAUACUUGGACAUGGUGCUUAGCGAAACAUUGAGAAAAUACCCUACUCUCCCAUUUUUGGAUCGAAUGUGUACAUCGAGAUAUCGACUCCCUCCUCCUUAUGAUCACGUAGUUUUGGAGCCUAAGACGCCAAUAUAUCUUUCAAUUCUUGCAAUACAUAUGGAUCCAAAGUACUAUCCAAACCCAGACAAAUUUGACCCCGAAAGAUUUUCAGAAAAUAUGAAACAAAAUAGAAAUCCAUAUACUUAUAUGCCCUUUGGAGCAGGACCACAUAACUGUAUAGGUGAAAGAUUUGGCUUAUUGCAGACAAAAGUUGGUCUCGCAUACAUACUAAAGGACUUCCAUUUCACACCUUGUGAGAAAACGCGAGUUCCACUUCUGCUCGAUUCUAAGGCAAUGUUUUUAGCACCAAAAGGCGGAAUUCAUUUACAAUUCGAAAAGAUUUGA